AUGAGCACUGAAAUCAAAGAUAAUAAUGAUGUUCAUUCCAAUGACGAAGUCAAUCAAGAUAACAAUGACGUAUCACAAGAAAUUAAUCAACCACCAUCAUCUGAAAAUGAACAAGAAGAAAAAAUAAUUCAAGAGUCAUCUGUUGAUGAUAAACAAGAAAUUGAACCACCACUUUUAACAUCGAAUAAUAAUGAAUUCCCAUCGGAAACUCCAUCUAUUGAUGUUAGCAAUGAAAAAGACGAUGAUUCAACAGCAGCAACUAUAUCCGAAGAGAAUUCAUCAGCAUUACCUAUAUCUGAAGAGAAUUCAUUAGUAUUACCCGUAUAUGAACAAGAUAAUAAUACAAUUGAUGAUACAGUUCAAUCGGAAUCAUUAAGUCAACAUGAUAAUACUCAUCAACUUUUACAAACAAUAGCUGAUAAAUCGAAUAAAGAAGCAUCCUUGACAAUAUUAAAUACACUUGUCGAAGGUGAUUUUGAUUUAGAUAAAAAUUAUAUAAUACAAAAACCAAAAAAUUUACAUGAAUUAUUUUCUAUAUUUAAUAAAAUGUCAUCAUCAUUACAAGCUGAAAUUCUUAGUGUAUUAAUUGGUAUAAUGCGUAAAAGUGAACGUAAUUUAUUAGCAGCAAUUGAUGCACAAAUAUAUGAAAAAGCUUUAGGACUAUUAAAUAUAAUUGAUGAUGAUGUUGUUGCUGAUUUAUUAGUUGAUAUUCUUACAGUUUUAACAACACUAACAAUUAAUGUUAAUGAACUUAAACUUCUUUUACAUUAUCUUAAAACAGAAAAUCGAAUAUGGAAAAAACAUGCCGUUAAAUUAUUAAAUAUUUUUAAAAAUCUUCCAUAUCGACAUGGUCCUGAUGAAUUUUUUAAUUUUCCUGGUCGAAAUGGUUCGGGUAUUGUUUUACCACCAAUUAAAAUUUGGCCAUAUCAAAAUGGUUUUACAAUAACAACAUGGUUUCGUAUUGAUCCUGUUGCUAAUGGUGUUAUUGAAAAAGAAAAACCUUAUUUAUAUUGGUUUUGUACAUCAAAAGGUCAUGGUUAUACAGCACAUUUUGUUGGUAAUUGUUUAGUUAUAUCAUAUUCGAAAUUAAAAGAAAAAACUUUUCAACAUUGCAUUCAAUAUGAAUUUAAACCACGCGAGUGGUAUAUGAUAACAUUUGCACAUCAAUAUCAACGAUGGGGUAAAAGUAGUAUACAUUGUUAUAUAAAUGGUCAAAUUGUAUCAAAUACACAUUUUCCAUGGAGUAUUGAAAGUGGUGAUUUAUUUGAUAAAUGUUAUAUAGGUUGUACACCUGAUCGUCAUGAUAUAACAAGUUUUUCUGGUCAAUUAUCAACAUUUUAUUUAUUUAGUAUAUAUUUAGAACCAUUAAUUGUUCAAGGUUUAUAUAAAUUAGGACCAGCAUAUAAAAAUCAAUUUAAAUUUGAAAAUGAAAGUGCACAUGUUUUAUUUGAAGCACAAAGAAAAGCAAUGUAUGAUGGAAAAUUAAUGAAUUCAAUUGUAUUUAAUUAUAAUCCUAUUGCAUGUGAAGAACAACUUGUUUUACAAGCUGCACCAAAAACAAAUGUUUCAUAUUUUGUUCAUACAGCACAUGCACAAAUGUUAAGUAAUGUUCGAUCUGUAAUAACAUAUUCAAUUUAUUCAACAUUACAUAGUGUUGGUGGUAUACAAGUAUUUUUUCCUUUAUUUGGACAAUUAGAUCAUCAACAAAUUGAUGAUUCAAUUAAUUAUAAUGUUUGUUCAAUACUUCUAUCAACUUUAUGUGAAUUAAUUGAACGAUCAUAUACAAUUCAACAUCAAAUGCUUAAUUCAAAAGGUUUUCUUACUAUUGGAUAUCAUCUUGAAAAGGCAUCCAAACAACAUAUUAACAUGGAUGUACUCAAUUCUCUUAUAUCAUUAACAACAUUUUUUGUUAAAAUUGAAAGCAAAAAUAGUCCAUUAUUAUUAAAACAAUUAUUUGUUCAUAUAUUUUUUAAUCCUGUUAUGUGGAUUUAUUGUUCAGUUGAUGUUCAAAUGCGUUUAUAUACAUAUUUAGCAACAGAAUUUGUUACUUAUUCGGAAAUCUAUCAUUUAAUUCAACCAAUAAGUGAAAUAAUUCAAACAUUACAUACAUUAAAAUAUUUCUAUUGGAUUGUUGAUCCAAGUCAUCGAAGUGGUUUUAAACCAAAAGGUUCAGAUGGAAAUCGACCAACACGUGAACAAAUUAUUGAAAUGAGACGUUAUAUGUUACUCUAUUUAAAACAACUUGUUAUAAGUAGUUCGGGUACUCAAGAAGAAGAACUUCAAGGCAUUCUUAAUUAUCUUCAUACAGUUCAUGAAGAUGAUAAUCUUAUUGAUAUAUUGGAUAUGACUGUAAAUCUUCUGUCAGAACAUCCAAGAACAAUGAUACCUGCAUUUGAUCGUCGACUAGGAUUAAGAACGGUUUUUAAAUUAUUAGCAAGUAGUAGUGAAAUGACACGUUUACAAGCUUUGAAAUUACUAGGAUUCUUUCUUCAACGAAGUACAGUAAAACGAAAAACUGAUGCAAUGCAACCACAUAAUCUAUUUUCAUUAUUGGCUGAUAGACUUUUACUUCAUCCAAAUAGUUUUACCAUGGCUACUUAUAAUGUUCUAUUUGAAAUACUUGUGGAAAAAGUAAGCGGAUUAGUUGUUGAAAAACGAAGUUCAGAAAUUACAGCAGAUUGGAAAAUUGAAAAUCCAGCUAUGAUCAAAGUAAUUGCUACAUUACUUCGACAUGCAGCUGAUAAUAUUCAUUUAUAUGAUAUAAAAUUACGUUUUCUUGAUGAUUUAAUUUUACUUGCAUCUGCCAGUCGAGAAAAUAGAAGAACUAUUUUACAAAUGUCUGUUUGGCAAGAUUAUUUAUUUGGUCUCGCUUAUGUUUAUCCAGCACAAGAAAUACAAGUCGAAAUAACUGAUCGAGUUUUUGAUUUAUUAAAAAUUUUAUUACAUCAUGCUAUUAAAUAUGAAUAUGGUGGAUGGCGUGUAUGGAUUGAUACACUUUCAAUUUUACAUGGACGAAUAACUAAAGAAGAUUAUUAUCGAAAAGUUAAUAAAAUCGUUGAAAGUAUGAAAGAUGAUGAUGAAAAUGAACUCAAACCACCAGUUUCUCCAACAACACUUAGUGGUUCACAAACUCCAAUCGAUGAACAAGCCGCUUCAACACCCACUAGAUCAACAUCUAGUCGUCAAGUAUUUAAAACAAAUCAAUUACCACCAUUUACAAUAUCUGAAUUUAAAUAUUCUUCAAUGCAUAUUCGUCUAUUACAUAAUGUUUUUGAUUCAAUUGAAGUUGAUGUUCGUUUAUGGAGAUCGUAA